AUGACGAAAGCAAACGAAGAUGCAAUACCUGAAGGAGAUUACAAAUAUGUUUGGACCCCUACUUCUAACGUCCCUCUCGACGAUUUUCUCUCAAAAUAUAAGCCUUCUAUGGUCGAAAACGACGGAACAAAGCCGUGGAUUUGGGUUAGGAAAGGAGGGGACACGCGCAGCUUCACCCCGGCCGAUGAAAUUGCCGUUCUAGAGGAGAGCUCUAAGAUUCUGACGGAAAUUACUGACCAGAUUGAGAACAUCAAGAACGAUCCUUCAAUUCCAACAAGGUCGAAUAAGAAGACGGGAGCGAAAAGUAAAAAGGAAGUGCGUGAGGAACUGCAACGCGAUGCUCGGGAAAGGUUCGAAGAGAUAGCUCGGAAAUACAAGUAUCUCUGCGGGAAAUGGUUGAUGUUUGCAUCGACUGAGAAAAUUGAUAUGAUUUGGUCAAGUCUCGCCACUUCAUUAAUAAAUGGUCCCCUUGCCGACACAGAUGCCUUCUGCGCCAAAGUAGCAACCACACCAAGAGAUGCAAAUCCCAACCACCUACAUGUAAUCUGCUUGUACUUUCCUGACGUUUACAACAAAGACGCAGUCACCAAGGCCAUGAAGAUACUGCUCCGCAAUCAUGGCUUCAAUCUAUCCGGAGUCAAGUCUGACAUGUACACACUUCUAGGAAUUGACAGCAAACAUCCUAGUGGUAUACCCUCAACAAUUUGGAAGAACAAAGAUCUCAUGGACGACAAAGAAAUUCAAGCAUUGAAAGAUGCAUUCUUUGCGGAAUUGAAAGGAGGCAAAAGCUCAAUUGCGCAAUCUCCUGACAAAGCCGACCCUAAUGACAAGAAGCCAAUGGACGUCUCUGCUGCUUCGGCAGAUAAGCCUAAGACGAAGAGAAAGCAGAAAGAUAUCUUCGCUUCAGACGACGACGACGACAAUGAUGGUGAGCAGAAAAGGAGGGCCGAGUUGAUGCAAAAGAAAAAGGCUACUGCAGUCAGCAAAAGGCGCAGUGACAAAGACAAAGACAGUGAUGAAGACCAGGAGAAGCCUAAACGAAAGGCUGCAAGGAGGUCGUAA